AGAAAUUUGGCACGCGUUUCCUUAGAGAGCUGUGCUUGCGUAAGCAGCCCCCUGCCACCCUCUGAGCUGUACUAGUACAGCCAUUUGUGGGGCUGGUGGGGAAGUGCAUUGGGGACCUGCCGCGGGUUCAAAAGUGCCUUUUCUUCCUUGGUUAUCCAUUACUUUUAGCUCUAAUCUGUCUGACUGUGUGGCUGCUGUGUCAGGGCUGAGAAAGCGGCCUGGGAGGAAGGAACGUGUGGCAGGGAGCAGGAGGUUUUCUGGGCUUUGGUGUGAAUGCUGUCUUGGAGUGUUACGUGAAUAACGGAGAAGAAUGAAGCAACAUCUUUUUUAUGUGUUAUGUCUGGUCUAUGUUGUGGAUGUACCUCCACACUUGCACACACCAGGAAACAGGUUUACAAGUUGAUGCAAAGUGUUGACAUGUGGCAAGACUUUGACCAAACCAUAGUCGUAUGACUGUCCAAUCUGAACAGCUAGCAAAUGCAUUUCUUCAUGAUGGCUCCUUGACCAGUACCGUCAAUAAGGAAGCUGAGAUAGAAGAGCUAGGACUACUAUUUUAUUUUUUUAAAACUUCCUCAUAACUCCUAUGGGCGCGUGGUACCAGUUCUGUGUGUCUAUGGAGCCAAGAAGAUACAAGCUGAGGAGCUGUAUGGGAACACCAGAGAAAAUGAAAAUGGAAAUUAACUUCUAAAGAAUUAAAAUAGCCAGAAAUCUGGAGAGCAAAGAGUUCAAGGUUUCAGCUGAAAACCUCCCAAGAAAAAUAAUGGUCACAGUGACAGUUUGCUAUCAUGUGAUGGCUAUUAACCCAUGUGCCGGACAGCCCUGGCCCAUUCUCGGCAUGCCGGCCGGAGUCGGCCCUCGCCACUGAGGUGGGGAGGAGGGAGGAAUCGCCCCAGCCUGCGCCAUGGCCUCGCCCCAGCGAGCCCGGCACCCUGGCCCUCCCGAUGGAGGCUGGGGGUGGAUGAUCGUUGCCGGCUGCUUCCUUGUCACUAUCUGUACCAGGGCUGUGACGAGGUGCAUCUCCAUUUUCUUUGUGGAGUUCCAGGCGUACUUUGGGCAGGAUUAUGCCAGAACAGCUUGGAUCCAUUCCAUUGUCGACUGUGCUACGAUGCUCUGUGCCCCGCUUGGGAGUUUAAUCAGUAAUCAUGUGUCCUGCCAAGUUGGUAUCAUGCUAGGAGGGCUGCUUGCGUCUGCUGGACUAAUUUUGAGUUCAUUCGCCACCAGCCUGGAACAUCUCUACUUAUCAUUAGGAGUCCUUACAGGGCUUGGGUUUGCACUCUGUUAUUCUCCAGCCAUUGCGAUGGUGGGCAAAUACUUCAACAAAAGAAAAGCGCUGGCGUAUGGAAUAGCCAUGUCAGGAAGUGGAAUCGGUACCUUCAUCCUUGCCCCUGUGGUCCAGCUCUUAAUCGAGCAGUUUUCCUGGCGUGGAGCUUUACUCAUCCUGGGAGGUUUUGUUUUAAACCUCUGUGUCUGUGGUGCCUUGAUGCGGCCUAUUGCUCUUAAGGAGGACCGUAAAACUGCUCCUGAGUUUCUUGAACAGGAUUAUGUCCCCAAAGCACAGAAACGAGACUUAAAACGAAUGUCCGUCUGUUCACCUUUAAUCAAAGCGUGGUCUCAUGAAUGUUUAUGCUACUGUUCGUGGAAGGAAUAUGACUUUUUACUGAUGCCGGGCUUCAUGGUGCUGGCAGUGUCAGUUUUAUUUAUGGCAUAUGGCUGUAGCCCUCUUUUCGUCUAUCUAGUGCCUUAUGCUUUGAGCGUUGGAGUGAGUCAUCACCAGGCGGCCUUCCUCAUGUCCAUACUUGGUGUCAUAGACAUCAUUGGUAAUGUCACCUUUGGAUGGCUAACAGAUAGAAGGUGUUUGAAGAAGCAUCGGCACUUUUGCUACCUCUUUGCUGUGGGAAUGGAUGGCCUCUGUUGUCUUUUCCUGCCAGUUCUCCAAAACUUCCCCUUGCUUGUGCCUUUCUCAUUUACCUUUGGCUACUUUGAUGGAGCCUAUGUAACGCUCAUCCCUGUCGUGACGGCAGAUGUAGUGGGAACUUCUUCGUUAUCAUCAGCACUGGGGGUUGUGUAUUUUCUGCAUGCCAUACCAUAUCUAGUGAGCCCACCUGUUGCAGGUUGGCUUGUGGACACAACUGGCAGCUAUACUGCAUCAUUCCUCCUGUGUGGAUUUUCUAUGAUUUUUAGUUCAACAUUAUUGUGCUUUGCAAGACUAGCAAAGAAAAUCAAAAGAACACACUUGCGGUCGCUCACCAAUGAUACUGGCACCAAACAGCACAUCUGGACAAAUGGAGCAAUAGCUUAUUCUGUCGCAGCAGAAUUAGACCAAAAGGAUGUUGAAUUUUUGGCUGUGGAUACAAACAGCUACGGCAACAGAUGACAAGCACCGUCCGGAUUCAGCACUGCACAGCCGUGACUGAGAUGGAGGUGGCUCUGUAGUGUUACACUGAUGGUACUCCUGCGAAACAAGGCAUCUCUCAAUUAGAUUCUUCUUUCGUGUUUUUAGUUGGCUAAAAUCUACAUACAGCAACAAUAAUAUCAAGUUAAUGCAGUAAUAGAAGAAAGCUAGACUGAAAAUAAAGAGUUUGCAGAUACAAAUGUUCACAGAUUUAUUGGAAAUGCAGUAUGUCGACUCCACAGAUAAUCUCAAAGAUGAUAAUUGGCUAUAAUAAAAAAAAGACUAUAAAGUAAUCAGUCACCAAAACUGAACAAUAAACUUUAACAACAGUAAGCUUUUUGGUGUUCUGGUCUAUUAUGUUUCAAUGGACUAAUCACCACCAAAAAACCUCCACGUUUAUCAGUCUGCGUUAAACUCUUUGCAAAUAACUAUUUCAAAUGCCAAAGCCAUUUUAUUUAGAAAAUCUGACAGGAAACUGUGAUUUAUGCUCAAAGUAUCUCUGGAGCAGCUUUAAUUUUUACAGUGUGCCUGAAUUUUGUACAUAAGUUGCAAUUUAAUUUCAAGUAUGGUUUUAGACUUACUUUCCCAAGCCUCCUACAGCAAAAUGUUGAGGUGGCUGCUGCUUUUCUCCUGAAGAUCUUUAAAGCUUGAAUUUCUAAACAUUGACAUUCCAGGUAUGAUCCUCCAACUGAUCCUUGUCUGGGAGGGUAGAAGAGGUGCUGUGGCUCAUCUACUAUUUGAAGAGGAGUAAAUUUGUGCCAGGGGACUAGGUGUGCUGAUGGACAAACCUGGUUUAGCUGCAUUAGUUUGAAGAAGCUGGAACGCAGCCCGGGAGACAAGAGGAGAGGCUUGGUUGUUUCCGAAUACAGAGCCUCUUCCUCCUGUAAAAUCAGCAGCUGUUGACGAAAUUUAGAGUCUGUGCAAGCAGAUGACUGAGAAACUGCCCACUCCACAGGCGAUACGUAAAGAGGACAUUGGCAGACAAAGUUUUUUCUGCAUAUUCCAGUGGCAAGUCUGUCUCUUCUUGGACCUGGGAACUGUAUCUUCAGAAUGUGCAAAUUAGUCAUUUGUGACACCUGACGAGCUGGUCAGGUCACUUGUCCUGGAUGGCCAGAACACAACAGCUGCGAUUCACCCCUGGUUUCCUGCUACUUGUGUGAGGAAUAUACUACAGCUGGCUGCUCAACCAGAGCUACGGACCAAAUGUAGCUCAUGGGGUAAAUUACUGAUGUGGUGAACUAAUAAAUAAUGGGAUGUUUCCCACUACAUUUCCAAAGUCAUCGAUGCAGGAUUUUCACAUUCGGAAAUGCAAAUAAUUUCUGUGUUUUGAUGCUGUAUAAAGUUGCAUUCUGUUCAUUAGCAAAUUGAUCAGAGUUCGAAUAAUUGUUAUCAACGUUGAACUAGUCAUUUUGUUAUUCAUCUGCAGUGUAUUAAAUGGCUGCUCAUGGCGUCCUGCUCCCGUCUGUGCCUCAGAGGGGAAAGCAAAAUAGACUGACAUUCACAAAUUUUAUUUAGAUCAAGAGUACAGCCAUAGGGGUAUAAUGUAUUUUUACAUAUAUAUGAAUAGUAUGUGUGUCAAGUAAUUCUAUUACUCAUGCAUAUUUCAACGUAUUAAAAUUGUUUGACUUCAGUUGUCUGUGCUCAAACAAAGCAUUUCUCAUUGCCCUGCUUCAGAAGUGUGGUCAGAGCCAGUAGCACGAUUUAUGUGCACAGACCACAGAUUAAGACAUGGGAGUGCAAAAACUGCUUAAAACUGAUGACGUAACCUUUUGUUCCGCUCUGCGUGGCAACUGAGUCCUGGGCCCUAAUUUUGAUUUUAAAAUAUAUUCUUAAAAAUUCUUAAAAAAAGACAAAAAUUAUCCAUGAGUGUUUCUUAAUGAGUUAGGAAAAAUAGGCACAUUUGAGAGGAAAAAAAGGUGGCUUUAUUCAUUAGUAGUGAUGAAGAUACUGUUCUAGAUCUUAAUGCAAAAUUUUAUAUCAAAAAGUAGAGAAUAGUGUGGUCUACAAAGAAGAUAAGCUAUUUCAACAAGUUGUAAGUUAGUGCUGUCAUUUACUGUACAAAAAUCUAAUUGCAUUUUUUUACCACAUCAUGACAUGUCGGCAGCUGUUCAUGCUAUAACUGCAUAUUAUAGAAGUCUGUUAGAAUAAUACUAUAUGCAUUUUUACCCUAGUAAAUCAUACUGUGUAAUAUGUUAUUAGUGUUUUUUGGAUUUUUUUUUUUAAUUUCAAGAUAUUUUUUCAUAGGCUUUUCUGUUUUGUGUUUAACUUAUAAUUAAGGCAGUAUUUCUUGUUUUAAAUAUCUAAUUCAGCAGAAAACAUUCAACUAGUUUUAUACACAGAUCUUUUGUAGGGAACGAUAGAAUGAUUUCAGGGUUUUCUAACACUGUUUCUGUGCUGAAUUAAGCCAAUGGAUAAAAGCUUAUAUACCAGAAUGAUGCUUUCUGUGUGUAAAACACACUGUGAAAUAUCAGCCCUGUCAUGAAUUUCCUCACAGAGAAACAGAGAAGGAAGGAAGCAUAACAAGAAAUGACCUGCGAGUGGAAGAAAUGACAGUAAAAUCCAAGGUUUGCGAAGUCUCAUGCCAAACUUCUACCCCCUGGUCCGUACAACCUAAAUUGAACACCUCAUCUUCAUCCUGCCCUGUGAAAGGCUUCAGGCAGCGUAUUAUAGACGUCUCUGGAUUAUACCAUAUUUAAAAAAAAUGUUUUAUUGUAUCUACAAUGGUUUGGGUUUUUUGUUGUUUUUGUUUUGUUUUGUUUUUUUCAGAGAUUAUAAUAUUCAGGCUGUUCUCCAUAGAGGAUAUUUCCUGGCAUGGCACGGUGCAGUGACGGGCAGAGAACUCUGGGCUAGCUGGGCACAAUUUGCCAAGCUAACACUGCGUGUUCCCACCAGCCCUGUUGAGCACUGGGGGAUACGAGCUUGGAUGCAGCACUGCAUGGCUGAGCCUGCCUGGCUUCCCGGGACAGCGUGGCCUCACUUGGCUGGAGUAACAUCUGCCCGAGGCAGAAACAGAGGGAUCCUAUCUCAGGUGAAUCCUGCCUGGGAUAAUACUCUAUUCUGUGCAGUGAAGGGGAAUUCAUUGUUAGUAAGUGCAACCGCUUACAGCCGCUGAAGGUAUCCCAUCUGUUUCCAUUGCAUGAGGUUUGACAUGAGGAAAUCCUCAUUCUUUUGAAAUUGCUUACAUUGUAGUGAGAGUUUUUAUCAGGUCAGUUUUGGAACCUUUAAUAAAUUGUACCUUGAAAAAUUGUGUGAAAACGGCAUUGGAAAAAUCAAGUACCUCCUGCUGAAAAAUAACCCUGUUUUCAGAAAAAAAUUUUUGAGCCUGAAACGUUUCUGCCAACUUGGAUGACAAUUUAUCUCCUGAAAACCAAAGGUUUUCUGGGCUACUAUAUGGUGAAUAUAUUUCAUAUUGCCACAACAGUUCCUUGUUUGCUUUCUAAAGUGUUAUGAAUUUAUGUGAGAAGGAAGAGCUUGUUUUAGUUAAGCUGUAACAGUACUUCAUGGUCAGCACAACAAAGUCCUUAGCCAGGAUUGCCUCAAUAAAUAAUUCCCUCUACGAAGUGACCGUUCUGGUGUAUUCCAGUAGUUUUCUGUAUAAUUUAGAAGACGCUUUUGAUUCAUUAAUGUAUGCUGCAGGGUUGUCUUCACUCCCUUUUUCCCUGCAUCGCCAGCGUAGGCUCCAGUGAUGUCUUCAUACUUGGGUGCGAAUGAGAGGUGGUUCACCCUCUGUGUGAUUCUGGUUUUGCCCAUUGGACUUGGAGACUGCAAAAGGUGUGGAUUUGUUUUUUUCCGCUUCCCGAAGCUGAAGCUCAGCCUCUUCCCUGUGCCGCCACGCCAGGCAAUGCAGCAGCACCACCCUGUGGGAAAGACCAUUUCUCCCCAUUUACAAGACACUGGGCAAGAACUGGAAGGCAGAGUUUGCACGCAGCAUCCCCGGGCAGCACCGCGGCCCAGCCUGAACCUCCAGAGACUGAAGAAGGCAAAGUGCAAGAAACAGAUUUCUCGCAUCUCUGCACCUCACGGUGUCCGAGAUCCACAUCCUGCUUCAGCAAGGUCCAUGUAAAAUGACAUUCUAGCUUCAGCAGGGAGCUCUUCAAGGAAUUCAUGGAAAUGGCACUAGAAGAAAACAAAGAAAAAUGUACUUACACUCCAC